AUGAUUGACAUAAGUAGAACAAACAAUGAUUUUUAUUAUCGUUACAAGAUGCCUAGGGCUGUUGUAAAGCUGGAAGGGAAGGCGGGAAACACAAGGACAGUGAUUGUGAAUCUGGAAGAGAUUGGAUCCUCUCUCAAAAGGCCGCCUCUAUACAUUCUAAAGUUCAUGAGCUACGAGCUAGCUACCAGAAUAGAUGUUGUGAAGGGAAGAUAUGCUGUGAAUGGGAGGUAUGAUUCCUCGAGAGUUCAGGACCUGAUAUACGACUUCAUUGAUAGAUUUGUUAUGUGCCCUUUCUGUAACAAUCCCGAGACAUUCUAUGUCAACAAUGAUGGGUUAUCUAUGGAAUGCUUGGCAUGUGGGAAGAGAUCUGGUGUGAAAGCUUCCAAGCUCAGCGGAAUGAUUCUUAAGGAUGUAGAGAAAAACUCGUCUGGACAUGAUGACACAUACUUCAACCCCGUUGGGCCUGAGGAUGAUGAAUACAAAGAUAACAUGAGAAGGCUGAUGGAAUCUGAUGACGAUAGAUCCGAAGACAUUGUGAACCUCCUUAAAGACCACGGCCUAUCUGACGAGAAGAUUGCAAAGGAGGUUCUGAUGUUUGAUGGAGGCAUUAAGAAAUGCAAGAGGAUAAACGAUUUCAUCUCACCAAAGGCCUUUCUGAGUUCUGUAGAAGAGGUUGCUGAGAAUGGAAAGGAGAAGAAUAUUCAAGAGUAUCUUCGGAUGCUUGAAGAAGAAAAAAUGUUUAAGAGGAGUGAGCUCUUUAAGUAUUUUACAAGGCCUCAAGGAAAUAAGAAAAGAUCUCCUGAGUUCAAGAAGGAGAUAAGCGAUUACUUCUCGAGCCAAUAA